AGAAGGAAAAUAGGAGGUUAUGGUGAGGCCAGCCAGCCAGCUGCACCAGCAAACGGGAGAACUUCCGACUGACUUCAUGGCCUGCUCUGUUAAUAUUCCAACAUCUCUGCAUAACAUUUGGAGAAGCUCUGCUACAACUUUGCUCCUCUCUCAUUAGGCAGCUGCUGCUGAGCAAAGAGUGAAAUGGCAAGCAGUCAAUGACUCCUGUGCACAACAGUCUGCUCCACCAGCCUGCCCUGUGAAUAGCACUGUCACUUUAAUAAUUCCAUGCUGAGGGAUUGCUUUCAAUCCUCUUGGGCUUAAUACAAGCAAAGAUCAGAGGGACAUUAAAGGCCAGAAGGCUGGGUGGAGAAAAUAAAAAUGAAAGUGACUGCUGUUUGGUAACCGAAUGAAACCUGGGAGGUUUUUUUCCUCUCCUAAUACGCAGAAGACCAUUGUGUGCAUCCAGUGCUGUAGCUAACUGGCAAAAGUCACCUGUGAUUGCAGCAAAAAAGGUCCCUUUCAAGCUCUUCUGUCUUCCUCGGACAUUUAUUUGGAUUAUUUGAGUACUGGUUUUAAACUUGGGUGAUGCUGGAAUGUUUUGAAGUGGAUCAUUUGGACUGCCAAGACUUGGACUGUGCCUUAAUUGUAUUUCCUACAUUCACUUAACUUCUUUAAAAAAAAAAAAGCCCCUAUGCUGUCAUAAGAGAGAAUCUUAUACAAUUUUGUAGGCUGACGAGUGUUUUCUCUUGUAUAUUUUUAUAGAUUGGGAAAUAUUUUACAGAUUUUGACAAGUGCUCUGGCAAAAAUUCUCUUAAACUUUUUUCUUCCUUGCUGUUUCCAUGGGUUGUGUUGGAAGUUUUUAACUGGACAAAAACUGUGAGUGACAUUCUGGGAGAUGAAGAUGUAGAGCUCUGUUCCAAAGCUGAACUGUGUGUUUUGAAUUGGAUGGCAGACUUCUGACCUUACAAGUCAAUCCCAGCGGGACACUGUUCAUACCGGUAAAUAAGUGUUUGCGUCCAGUGCCAGAAAUAACAGCGAGAAUGCCGGUCAAGAAGAAAGACACGGAUCGAGCUUUAGCACUUCUGGAAGAUUAUUGCAAGAAGCUGAAAAAGCCAGAAGAGCAGCCACUGAAAAAGGCCAUUAAAAAGGUGAUGGGCAUCUUUAAAAGCAGCUUAUUCCAGGCAUUGCUAGACAUUCAGGAGUUUUACGAAGUGACGCUGCUAAACUCCCAGAAAAGUUGCCAGGAGAAAAUAGAAGAAGCAAACCAAGUUGCUGAGAAAUGGGAGAAGAAGACACAGUCUCUGGCAACGGACGACGAAAGCCAGCCCCAAACCCGAGAGACAGCAGCUUCAAAUGGGCCAGACCAACGGGCAGCAGGCGAAAACCAGGAUAAAGGGAACCAAUCUUCUGAUAAUCAUUCCAUAGGUAAAACUGCAAAGCAGAGCCACACCAGAUGCCCAGCGCACAAGUGUCCCGUUGAAUCACCUGGAUGGAUACCUAUUCAGCACUCUGUGAAGUAUCGCUACCAAGAUGAGGAUGCUCCACACGACCAUACAUUACCUCGCUUAACUCACGAAGUGAGAGGGCCAGAACUAGUUCACGUUUCUGAAAAGAAUUUAUCGCAGAUAGAAAAUGUCCACGGAUACGUCCUGCAAUCGCACAUCUCGCCUCUGAAGGCCAGCCCUGCCCCUAUCAUCGUCAACACAGAUACUUUAGACACUAUUCCCUACGUCAAUGGAACAGAGAUUGAAUAUGAAUUUGAAGAAAUUACAUUGGAAAGGGGAAAUUCUGGCCUGGGUUUCAGCAUUGCUGGAGGAACAGACAACCCACACAUUGGGGACGAUCCUGGGAUAUUUAUUACUAAGAUUAUACCAGGAGGAGCUGCAGCAGAGGACGGAAGACUCAGAGUCAACGACUGCAUCUUGCGGGUGAAUGAAGUCGACGUCUCCGAAGUUUCGCACAGCAAAGCCGUCGAGGCCCUGAAGGAAGCUGGCUCCAUAGUGCGACUCUACGUCCGUCGGAGGAGACCUAUCCUGGAGACAGUUGUCGAAAUCAAACUGUUCAAAGGGCCGAAAGGUCUGGGAUUCAGCAUUGCCGGAGGCGUGGGGAAUCAGCACAUUCCUGGAGACAACAGUAUUUAUGUUACUAAAAUUAUUGAUGGAGGGGCAGCGCAGAAGGACGGGAGGUUGCAAGUUGGAGACAGGCUCCUUAUGGUAAAUAAUUACUGUUUAGAAGAAGUAACACAUGAAGAAGCAGUAGCAAUAUUGAAGAAUACAUCUGACGUAGUUUAUUUAAAAGUUGGGAAGCCUACCACCAUUUACAUGACUGAUCCCUAUGGCCCACCAGACAUCACCCAUCCUUAUUCCCCGCCAAUGGAAAACCAUAUACUGUCUUCAGGCAACAACGGCACUUUAGAAUACAAGGCAUCCUUGGCUCCCAUCUCACCGGGAAGAUAUUCGCCUAUCCCAAAGCACAUGCUUGUCGAGGAUGACUAUACCAGGCCUCCUGAACCCGUUUACAGCACUGUGAACAAAUUCUGUGAUAAGCCACCUUCUCCUAGGCACUAUUCCCCUGUCGAGUGUGACAAAAGCUUCCUCCUUUCAGCUCCCUAUCCCCACUACCACAUAGGCCUGCUCCCUGACUCUGAGAUCAUCAGUCAUUCCCAGCACAGCACAGUGACCCGGCCACCCACAGUGAGCAUACAACGGAGCAUUUCUGUGGAAGGAGAACCUCGCAAAGUUGUCCUGCACAAGGGGUCAACAGGGCUCGGUUUCAACAUCGUUGGCGGAGAAGACGGCGAAGGCAUUUUUGUAUCUUUCAUCCUAGCGGGUGGGCCAGCCGACCUCAGUGGGGAGCUUCAGAGGGGAGACCAAAUUUUAUCUGUGAAUGGGAUCGAUCUCCGUGGUGCUACUCAUGAGCAGGCUGCUGCAGCGCUCAAAGGUGCAGGCCAGACUGUGACCAUUAUAGCACAAUACCAGCCAGAAGAGUACGCUCGAUUUGAGGCCAAAAUCCAUGACCUGCGUGAACAGAUGAUGAAUCACAGCAUGAGUUCUGGGUCGGGCUCCCUGCGAACCAAUCAGAAACGUUCCCUCUAUGUCAGAGCCAUGUUUGACUACGACAAAAGCAAGGACAGUGGUCUCCCCAGCCAAGGACUCAGCUUCAAGUAUGGGGACAUCCUGCACGUUAUCAACGCAUCUGAUGACGAAUGGUGGCAGGCGAGACGAGCGAUGCUGGAGGGAGACAGUGAAGAGAUGGGAGUUAUCCCCAGCAAAAGGAGGGUCGAAAGAAAAGAGAGAGCACGUUUAAAGACAGUGAAGUUUAACUCAAAACCUGGCGUGAUCGAUGCAAAAGGGUCAUUCAAUGACAGGCGUAAAAAGAACUUCAUCUUUUCACGAAAAUUCCCAUUCUACAAGAACAAGGAGCUGAGUGAGCAGGAAACGAGUGACCCGGAACAACACCUUUCUUCUAAUGCCAGCGAUAGCGAAAGUAGCUACAGAGGGCAAGAAGAUUGCAUUCUCUCCUACGAACCUGUAACAAGGCAGGAAAUUAAUUACACCAGACCGGUUAUUAUCCUUGGCCCAAUGAAAGAUCGAAUCAAUGAUGAUUUGAUAUCUGAAUUUCCUGACAAGUUUGGCUCCUGUGUACCACAUACAACUCGGCCAAAGCGUGAUUAUGAAGUGGAUGGCAGAGAUUAUCAUUUUGUCAUCUCCAGAGAACAAAUGGAAAAGGACAUCCAAGAGCACAAAUUCAUAGAGGCCGGACAGUAUAACGAUAAUCUUUAUGGGACUAGCGUUCAAUCUGUCAGAUUUGUGGCAGAAAGGGGCAAACACUGUAUACUCGAUGUAUCAGGAAACGCCAUCAAGCGACUACAAGCUGCGCAGCUGUACCCCAUUGCGAUCUUCAUUAAGCCUAAAUCCUGGGAGCCGUUGAUGGAAAUGAAUAAACGUUUCACAGAAGAACAAGCCAAGAAGACAUACGACCGAGCAAUGAAAUUAGAACAAGAAUUUGGAGAAUAUUUUACAGCUAUUGUCCAAGGAGAAACCUUAGAAGAUAUAUAUAACCAAUGCAAACUCGUAAUUGAAGAACAAUCUGGGCCUUUCAUCUGGAUUCCUUCCAAGGAGAAGCUAUAAGUUCACCAAUUCACCUCUGAUCACAAUGGAAGACCAUUUAGAAGAAAACUUAACCCUAUCUUAUUUGGAAGCUUUUUUGGGGUGUGGUUUUUUUUUCCGGGGGGGGGGGAGUUACUUUUACGUUUCUUGCAGUCAAUGUGAAUUUUUUUCUGAAUGUACAACACAAAGUGUUCGAAGCCAUGAAGGACAUUGAUUUGGUCAUAAAGGGUAGAGUAAAGAAGAAGAAGAACCUUUACAAAAAUAAGAGAGGGAGACUUUUGCCAUAUUAACAAGGGGAAAAAAGAAACUGCUAGCCAUGUGCUCUUUGCACCACUGGGUAGAGAUGGACUUUUGAUGCAGAAGCCCCGCUGUCUGAGAAAGCUGGCCAGCAGUGCCGCCUCCACCCCAAUCUGUAUUCUUGGCUCAGCUCAAUGUGUUCAUUGAUUGCUUUGGAGAAGAAUUUCCCAGGCCUUGGACCUCAAUAUUACAGCUUGAUCCUGCAAGGAGCAUCGCUCUGACUCCAACGGGUAAGGUGGACACUUGAAGCGGACAUGGAUGAAGCUUGUAUUUAAACAGGACGAGGAGCAGAGUGCCCUGUAGGACCUGAUCCAUCUUCCACCAAACUCUGGAAAGACCUUGAAUAGCUUGUUCUGGAUGUUGGAUCAGGGACUUCUGCUGGGGUGGGGUGGUUGGUUUUUGUUUGUUUGUUUGUUUUGGUCAUAGCGCAUUUGUAUUUGCUACACCUCGACUUUCGUAUAACUAUGCACAUCAGGUUUUUUUUGGGGGGGGGUUCUGAAACCAAUUGGGAGUAUUAUUUUUCCCUGGCCACUUCAGACCCACAAUUUCAUCAGGCUUGUAAUGCCAAUGAGGGUCCAGGCAACUAGUUUCAUUUCGCAUCAGAACACUCAUGCAUUUAAAAAAAACAAAAAAAACUUUGGGGGUUCAGGGUACUUAAAGUUGACAAUAAGGGAUACAAUUGGGAAAAGCUUUACGUUUUAUUUUGAUUGUCUAUAUUAUCAUUUAUAUAAAGACAGAAGGCACUUAA